GCUCCGGGAGGACUCCCCCUCCAUCCGUCCUCCCCUUCCUCCUCUCGCCGCUCCCCUCUCCUCCGUCAGGAUCCGAUUUUGUUUGAAAGAUUUUCCCCUCAGUUUUGCGGUGGCUUGGGUCACCCUCGAGUGUUCUUUUUUUUUUCCCCUUUCUUUUUCGUUUUGUUUUCAUCUUGUUUCCUCGGGGUGGACCCCCCACUCUUGUUUGUGUUGUGUGUGGAAAUGGCGAACUCGGCAAAUACAAACACCGUGCCUAAAUUAUACAGAUCUGUGAUCGAAGAUGUUAUUAAUGAUGUGAGAGACAUCUUUUUGGAUGAUGGAGUCAAUGAACAAGUUCUGAUGGAACUAAAAACUUUAUGGGAGCAUAAACUAAUGCAGUCUAGGGCAGUAGAUGGAUUUCAUUCAGAAGAGCAGCAGCUUUUAUUGCAAGUUCAACAGCAACAUCAACCCCAGCAGCAGCAUCACCGUCACCACCAGCAGCAAGCUCAGCCUCAGCAGACAGGGCCUCAGCAAGCGCAGGCCCAGCAGGUCCUUAUCCCUGCUUCACAGCAAGCUGCAGCACCACAAGUUAUUGUUCCUGAUUCUAAGCUGAUACAACACAUGAACGCAUCCAACACGAGUGCUGCUGCUCCAGCUGCAACCUUGACACUCCCUGCUGGUGUGACUCCUGUUCAACAGAUAUUAACAAAUUCAGGCCAGCUUCUACAAGUGGUCAGAGCAGCCAACGGUGCCCAGUGUAUAUUUCAGCCUCAGCAGUCAGUGGUUCUGCAGCAACAGGUUAUACCACAAAUGCAGCCUGGUGGAGUACAAGCUCCUGUUAUACAGCAGGUCUUGGCCCCUCUUCCUGGAGGGAUUUCACCACAAACAGGUGUCAUCAUCCAGCCCCAGCAAAUCUUAUUUACAGGAAAUAAGACUCAAGUUAUACCUACAACAGUGGCAGCACCUACACCGGCACAAGCGCAGAUAACUGCCGCGGGCCAGCAGCAGCCACGGGCCCAGCCUGCUCAACAGCAAGCUCCACUGGUAUUGCAAGUUGAUGGAACUGGGGAUACGUCAUCUGAAGAAGAUGAAGAAGAAGACUAUGAUGAUGAGGAGGAGGAAGACAAAGAGCAAGAUGGAGCUGAAGAUGGGCAAGUAGAAGAGGAACCCCUCAAUAGUGAAGAUGAUGUGAGUGAUGAGGAAGGACAGGAACUCUUUGAUACAGAAAAUGUUGUUGUGUGCCAGUAGGAUAAGAUACACAGAA